AUGCAAGCCCACCGCAAGGCUGAAAAGCAAAAGGAGAUCAAUAAAAAUAAGAAGAAGGUUCAAGCUCAGCGGAAUGAAAAACUAGCGCGUCGGAAUCCAGAUCGCUUACAAAAACAGGUGGAUGAGCUCAAGGAGGCAGAUGGCCGCGGAGGGCUUCGACCGAAAGACAAGGAGAAUCUGGUACAGCUGGAGAAGGAUCUGAAGGCGGUACUGCGAGCACGAGAGGCAUUGGGCGAUUCCGCACCGUCAUUCCCCAGCCACCAGCGAAGAGAUGGUGGAGAGGCACGAAACGAGCGGCGGGAUCGGGGCAACCCACGACAAGAGCAAGAGCAGCGUCGAAAUCAUCUUGGGAAGCGACGUUGGAACGAAGAGCACGCACAACAGGAGCCGGAUGACGACAGCGACACGGAUCCGGAAGUGCGCGAUAUCCCCAUGCCACGCGAUACGCCGCCGCCUGUCCCUCGCAAGGACCACCGCCGCGGGCCAUUCGUAGAUCCCCAGGUCGGACCGGACGGGCAGAGACACCCCCAUGCGCUUCCUGCGAAGCCCGUACCACUGCCGCCUGCACAGGUGGUUUAUAGCAGUGCGCCACAGCUCAGAGAUCUCAAAAAAGAAGCCGUGAAAUUUGUGCCAGCAGCUGUGUCGCAGCAAAAGAGAAGAGUCAAGGGCGAGGGACGACUGCUGGAGCCAGAGGAGAUUGAGAAGCUGGAGAAGGCGGGAUACUAUGCGGCGCAAAAGACGACUGGUACUGCAGGUCAAGAGCCUAGCCGCGAGCAGGCAAACACUGCGUCCCAAGUCCAGGCGACUCCUGAUGUUGACUUGGACGAGGAGAUGCGCAGGUUCGAAGCCGAGAUGGCCUCGCUACAAGAGGAAGCACACCAACGACCUGGACUCAGAGCUGUCCAACUGGAAGAGGUAGAAGAUGAUGGCGAUUGA